GAAGUGCAGAUUCACUUCCCGGCGGCGGACCGGUAGCCUAUGCUUCUGUUGGGGACCCGCGUAGGGCGCGGGCUGGGGGCCGGGGAGGGAGGUGGCCGCCGCGGGGACCGGGGGAACGCAGGGCGGGCCUGAAAGAGCUCCGCCCCAAGGGGCGCGGCCACCCCGGAGGCGGGCGCACGGCUGCUUCUCAUUCAUUGUCUUGACAAGAGCAUCCUCAGCGGGCGAGUCCCCGGCUCCUCCAGCUCCUUCCUCCUUCUCCUCCUCCACCUCCGGCUUCUGGGGGUCACUGUCCUCUCUUGGCAGCAGAAUGAGCCGGCAGGUAGUCCGUUCCAGCAAGUUCCGCCACGUGUUUGGACAGCCAGCCAAGGCCGACCAGUGCUAUGAGGAUGUUCGCGUCUCACAGACCACCUGGGACAGUGGUUUCUGUGCCGUCAACCCUAAGUUCGUGGCCCUGAUCUGUGAGGCCAGUGGGGGAGGGGCCUUCCUGGUGCUGCCCCUGGCCAAGACUGGACGUGUGGACAAGAACGUGCCCAUGGUCUGUGGCCACACAGCCCCUGUGCUAGACAUCACCUGGUGCCCGCACAAUGACAACGUCAUUGCCAGUGGCUCUGAGGACUGCACAGUCAUGGUGUGGGAGAUCCCGGAUGGGGGCCUGACACUGCCCCUGCGGGAGCCUGUCGUCACCCUGGAGGGCCACACCAAGCGUGUGGGCGUUGUAGCCUGGCACCCCACAGCCCAGAACGUGCUGCUCAGUGCAGGUUGUGACAACGUGAUCAUGGUGUGGGAUGUGGGCACUGGGGCAGCUGUGCUGACGCUGGGCCCAGAUGUGCACCCGGACACGAUCUACAGUGUGGACUGGAGCCGAGACGGAGGCCUCAUCUGUACCUCCUGCCGCGACAAGCGCGUGCGCAUCAUCGAGCCCCGCAAAGGCACUGUUGUAGCUGAGAAGGAUCGUCCCCACGAGGGGACCCGGCCAGUGCGUGCUGUGUUCGUGUCUGAGGGGAAGAUCCUGACCACGGGCUUCAGCCGCAUGAGUGAGCGGCAGGUGGCGCUGUGGGACACAAAGCACCUGGAAGAGCCGCUGUCCCUGCAGGAGCUGGACACCAGUAGUGGUGUCCUGCUGCCCUUCUUUGACCCUGACACCAACAUCGUCUACCUCUGUGGCAAGGGUGACAGCUCGAUCCGGUACUUCGAGAUCACUUCCGAGGCCCCGUUCCUGCACUAUCUCUCCAUGUUCAGUUCCAAGGAGUCCCAGCGGGGCAUGGGCUACAUGCCCAAACGUGGCCUGGAGGUGAACAAGUGUGAGAUCGCCAGGUUCUACAAGCUGCACGAGAGGAGGUGUGAGCCCAUCGCCAUGACAGUGCCUCGAAAGUCGGACCUGUUCCAGGAGGACCUGUAUCCACCCACUGCAGGGCCCGACCCUGCUCUCACGGCUGAGGAGUGGCUGGGGGGUCGGGAUGCUGGGCCCCUCCUCAUCUCCCUCAAGGAUGGCUAUGUGCCCCCGAAAAGCCGGGAGCUGAGGGUCAACCGGGGCCUGGACACUGGACGAAGGAGGGCAGCACCAGAGGCCAGUGGCACUCCCAGCUCGGAUGCUGUGUCCCGGCUGGAGGAGGAGAUGCGGAAGCUCCAGGCCACAGUGCAGGAGCUACAGAAGCGCUUGGACAGGCUGGAGGAGACGGUCCAGGCCAAGUAGAGCCCCGCAGGGCCUUCAGCAGGGUCAGCCAUUCACACCCAUCCACUCCUUCCCGACUCCCAGCCACAUGGCAGAGAAAAAAAAUCGUAAUAAAAUGGCUUUAUUUUCGUGUA